CUCAAUGACCUGCUACAUAAAAUUCAAAAGUGGUCUCGGACUCUUUGGUUCUUAUUUGGGAUACAUAUGCGGAGGAGUGAGUGCCAUUCCGAUCUUCGGCUUCGGGCGGUGGGCUUCCUCGUCCAUUCUGCUCAUGAACUUCAAAUUAGACCGAUUGUGAAAUACACUGCAUUGUCCCUGUUCGCUGAUCGAUUCUACCCGUCUCUCACCAGGUACCUACAAGAGAACGAUAAGGGAAAUUGGCUUUUACGACCCAUAAGAGAGAGCAGUUUGCAGUUAUUUGCACUAGUUUCUAUUUGGGUUUCGAGCAAAAUACAUGAUUCUUGUCCACUAUCUGUCAAAAGUUUGAAGUGUUUUGGGGACAAAAUAAUCAGAGAGCAACAUUUUACAGCACGAGAUUUCAUGGAAGCAGAGGUGACAUUUUUGAAGGUAUUGGAUUAUGAGAUUGGUGCGGGAAAUAUUGCUUUCAGAUUCCUUGAGGAGCUGCUGCUUCAGUUCAAGGCAGUGGCAAAAGUUGGGGAACUCGUUAAUUUUGAAGCAUGUUUGGACAUCAUUGAUAUUCUUUACGAGAAGGAAGAGUCAUCAGUUCUUUGUAGUUCUCCCCUUUCUCUUGCUGCAUCAACAUUGGCAUGUUGCUUCAUAUGUCAUCACAGUUCCUAAACAGAGGUGGGAGUUUCCUGUUCUCUCCUGGGUGAAGUUUGUAACAUCGUGCAAGGAAGAGGAAAUUGCAAACCUUGUAAGAGACAUCCUUAAGCAUGUCUUUGCGCCUUGAAGUUGAAUAUGAAGGCAUUUUAGGAAAAAGCAAUUCAUGGUAUGCCCCAAGUCUUACGCAACUGCUCUUCUAUAGUUUUUUUUUUUUAUAUUUUUUUAGUCGAUACUCGAUCUGCCAAGUUACCUAAUUUGAGCUAGAGAACAACAUGAAUGUAAAGAUGAAGUACGGAAAAAAAAAUAUGGGAAACAUGGUGUGACCUAUAUGUGUGAAUCCAGAAAUGUACAAAGUUUUCUUUUCUUCAUCUCUCAGCUCAACCAUAUGGCCGCUGAUUUUAUCUGUGAAACAGCUUCAGUAUUUAUAGUUCAAAUUCCUGAAAAAAAAAGUUAAAAUAGACAAUAUUGUGGAUUUGAUUCUGCUCCUCGUGGUACUAGUACACUAUGUCCAAUAACCAGUCGUCAUGUUUUUCUCUUGUUCCUUUUCAGAUGUGUUGUAAACUUAUAUUAAUAUAUUUAUAUAUUUAACAUUCCAACCUUCAAUAGUA